GCCAGGAGGAGGCCGGUUCAAAGAGACCGGCGUCAGGAGAGAGCGGCCGCGGCAACACUGGAGAAUUUCAGCCCGGAACCCUGAUUCCCAAGGAGGAUGAGAGCUACUCUGCUCGGAGAGGACAGAGAAUGAGGAGAUUAGAGAGGGAGAGAGACUAGGAAAGAGAGAGAAGGAGGGAAAGGAGAGGGAGAGAAUUCCCAGACUUUUCCUGCUCCCAACAAUUCCAUUCCAGUGACAAGAUGAUUCCUCCAAGCGGCUCUGCCGGAGACAGCGUGGAUGGGGUGGAAAAGGAGCAGGAACCGAAGGCUAUAGAUCAGCCCCCUUCGCCGGCAUCAUCGAGCGGCCAGGAAUCCAAGCUACAGAAACUAAAACGAUCACUUUCUUUCAAGACCAAAAGUUUACGGAGUAAAAGCGCCGACAACUUCUUCCAGAGGACGAACCACGACGUGCGGCUGCAGAUGGGCCUGCUGCCCGAAGCGAGGGGCGGCGGCGGCCGAUUCCCAGACCCGGAGGGCCGGGGGACCACCCCGGCCAGGGUCCACGUGCAGCCGGAAGGCGCCAAAGUGCACGCGUUCCAAGACCACGUCUUCAAGAAGCCCACUUUCUGUGACGUCUGCAAUCACAUGAUCGUGGGGACCACCACCAAGCACGGACUCCGCUGUAAGGCCUGCAAGAUGAGCGUCCACCACAAGUGUACUGAGGGGCUCAGCCAGCAACGCUGCAUGGGUAAAUUGCCAAAAGGGUUUCGACGUUACUACAGCUCCCCCUUGCUCAUUCAUGAACAGUUUGGCUGCAUCAAGGAAGUGAUGCCCAUUGCUUGUGGCAACAAGGUGGAUCCCGUCUACGAAGCUCUCCGUUUUGGAACCUCGCUCGCCCAGAAGACCAAGAGGGGCAGUUCUGGAACCGGAUCCGACUCGCCCAACAGAAACUCCACUUCGGACCUGGUGGAGGUUCCUGAGGAAGUGGAUGGUCUAGAGAGCGUUUUUGAUGCCAGUAGAAAGCGGAGCAACAGUGUGUUCACCUAUUCUGAAAAUGGCACAGAUGAUUUCAAAGAAGAAUUGAAGGGCACAAACUGCCAGGGAUCUCUGUGCAAAGACCCAUUCCGGGUGAACACCUAUGUGGCCUUGUACAAAUUUGUACCACAAGAGAAUGAAGACUUGGAAAUGAGGCCAGGAGACAUGAUCACUCUUCUGGAAGACUCCAGCGAAGACUGGUGGAAGGGGAUGAUCCAAGACCGGAUUGGCUAUUUCCCAGCCAACUUUGUUCAAAAAGUGCAACAAGAUGAGAAGGUCUUCAGAUGUGUCCGAACGUUUACUGGCUGCAAGGAGCAAGGGCAGAUAACGCUGAAAGAGAACCAGAUCUGCGUGACGGCCGAAGAGGAGAACGAUGGCUUCAUCAAAGUAUCUAGCGGAAAGAAGAGAGGUUUGGUCCCUCUGGAUGUCUUGGAAAACAUCUGAUUCCCAUCCCUUCCGAGCUCCGCGGAAGACGAGGUUUGCCGACAACGUUCGAUAGCCCCGAUCACGCCGCGCCCACCCUGAGGAGCCACCUCACGGACCCCGGGGGGUACAGCGACGCCUGCCCCCCCACCACCCACCCCAAUUGGACUGACGAGUGCCUGGAGCCACGAGGUCGGUGCCCUUGUCUUCACCGGGCGAUCCAGGAGCGGGAAAACCCGUCUGCGUGGGAACAGCUCCGGGACUAACGGAGCCACUGUGGAGACUCAAACCUCCAGGCUACUCUGAAGGAGACUGCUCAAGCCCGUGCGGGCAGCAAGAUCAGCCGGACGCGGCGUGUGCCCAGGCCUGGCAUCCUCGCCAGCCCCCGUCAGAGGCUGGUAGGGUCGCGUGGCUCCGGCCUUCCACUUCCACCCAAAGCGUCGGUAGACUGGGCUCGGAGUUUUGCACUGCUGCUAAGCCCGGUCACGAGGCCGCCGCCUGGAGAAGGGCACACUGGCAGGGUCGCUGGAGUCUGGGCUCCAGGACUGCCCGCUCUUCUCAUUUCCGCAGGCCUUUCUCGCUCCCUGAGUUCGGCUCGCAGGGCGAGGUAGCGGACUAACUAGCUGCCCGUCUGAAGAGACCCAGCCUUCCACCCUGCUUCGUUUCCCAGCCUCAGAGGAAGCGAGAGGAGGGCGAGAUUGGGAAAGGAGUCGGUUCAGGUGGACGUGCCUCUCCACUCCGUACAGAUGGGUUUUGCCUCGGGUUUCAGGGCCGUGGGCCUCAGAGCGUUGGCAACCCAGAGUUCUGAGCGGCAAGGGGAUGGAGCGGCUGCUUGAGGUGUCUAGCUUACGUCCGCCGACUCAGUUUCCCGUGACCACGGCCUCCGUUUCCAAGGCCAACAAAUAGCUGUCCUGGGUCAGACUACGAACUGGGAAAUGGAAGAAGGAAAUUAAAGGUCGAGUCAUAAACCACGGUCCCGGGGAAAGCAACCAAAAUGGAGGAGUCCGGACAUUUUCUUCGGUAUCCGCCAACGUGGGAAAGCGGAGAGGCUCCCUCACCCCUCUCAAACGACCAAGGCAAAAUCCUGCCGUCCGCCCGGCCUCGCCCAGGGAAACGGGUGUGGCCCUGCUCUUUCGCUAUCGUUUACACGAAUGCGGCAUACUGUGACACCAUCUUCUCUCGAGUCUCGUCCCUGUAUUAAUAAUGUUGGUAUUUGUUAAGCGCUUACUAUGU